AUGCAGCAGUACCGCGCGGUGGAUGUGCAGCGGGCGCAGCAGGAGACGUGGCGCACCCGUGUUGGCGGCUUCCGCCCGUCGGGGUCGGAGACUAACUCACAGCUGUCGUCGCUGAACUCCUCAUACACGCAGUUGACACGCGCCGCGUCAGAGGUGGAGUGUCUGUCUCAGGGAUUGCUUGGGUCUCAGCAGGAACAACAGGACCCACGACCCGAAAAGGAGCGGCAGCAACUUGUCAUUCGCCAGGAGGACAUUCGUGAUGAGGACUUUGAGCGGCUGGAGGUUCUGGGCGAUGGCUCUUACUCGGUCGUUGUCGCCGCACGCCACUUACCCACACAGCAGAUCGUCGCGUUGAAGGAGCUCUCGCGGCGGCGGCUGCGCGACCUCAAUUUGGAGAAGCAGCUGCAAUGGGAGAUCAACGUCCACCGCCGACUGCGCCACCCCAACGUGGUUCGUAUGCUCAGCUACUACGUGACUCCGCAGAGCGUCGUGCUCGUGCUGGAGAUGUGUCCGCGCGGCACACUGCUGCAAAAAAUUAAGACAAUGCCGCAGGGGCGCUUUGACGAGCGGCGGGCCGCGCGUUACUUGCGGCAGGCGGCGCGAGCGCUGGUGUACCUGCACCGCCACGGCAUUGCCCACCGCGAUUUGAAGCUGGAGAACAUGCUCCUCGACGCGCACGGUGUCGCGCGGCUGGGGGACUUCGGAUGGAGCAAAACCGUCAACGAUCCAACAACGCGCAGCGGCGGCGGCAGCGGCGGCGGCGGUGUGGCUCUCUCGUUAGGUCCUGCCAACAGCAACGACAAGGACGAUGCCGGGGAGCGGAGUGGCGACAGGGGCCGGCUGACGGUGUGCGGUACGCUGGACUAUCUGUCGCCAGAGAUGUUGUGUGGCUUGCCGCACACCUUCAAGACCGAUGUGUGGUCGCUCGGCGUCAUGCUGGUGGAGAUGCUGGUCGGCGCGCCGCCCUUCUAUCGUGUGUCGCAGCAAGACACGCUCGCGGCGAUACGCGAGGCGGCGCCGCACUUGGGCGACGGUGUGCCAAUGUCGCCGCUGGCGCGGGACUUGGUGCUGGCGAUGCUGCAGAAGGACCCUGACGCGCGGCCAACAAUGGCGGAGGUGCUGCAACACCCGUGGACGACCUGCCACCGGGAGAAGAAGGGGCGGGUGUGA